AUGAACAAGAAAUAAUCAACUAAAGAUAUAUUUCUUUAGACUAAUCUUUUCCUAUUAGCAAUACAAAUAGUCUUAAAUAUUAGUCUAAUUUAAGAAUUGACAGAAAUAAUGACUAGCCUAAUUGUUAUUAUUUUGAAAAUAAUAUUUAACAUUUUCAUAUUCUGUCUGUUGUAUCUUAUAAAGAAUAAAAUUACUCCAAAUAUAAUAUUGAAUAUGAUGUUUGUGGAUAGAAUACUUUAAAUAGUUGUAAUUUCAAUAAUAUAAUUACCUAAUUGUAUAUUCUUAUCCAUUUAGAUGUGUUAUCCAAUAGAAAUUAAAACAGAUCAAUACUUGGCUAAAAUUGCUCUACUUACUAAUAUUCUUGGAAAAUUAAGUCUUAUAUUAUCAGUUUGCUUGAUUUAGAUUAAUCCAAUAAGUUUUAUUUGUUCUUUCGUUUUAAUAGGAAUCGAUAUUUUAAAAUUUAUUCAAUGCUAUGACUAAGUAUAAAAUUAAAAUCAAUAUUUAUAAUCAUAACUAAAUGAAUUAUAAUCUCUCCCAGAUUAUACAAAAACAAGUGACAAUAUUUGGAGAUAGAGAAUUUAAGAUAUGAAUGUAUAAGUACUUAUUUUGGAUUAUUCUAAUUUAUGUGUUAAAUACAUUAAUUAAUGCUUUAUUAAAUUGUUUAAAUGUGCUAUUGAGGAUGAAUUAUAAAAAAUUAUUUUAUCCGAACUAAAUUUUUAGAUACCAUAAUAAUGUACAGAAGUCUUUAAAACAGCUUCACUUUAGAUGAAAAGAUUAAGAGACAAACAAAGAGAUCCAUCUUGCAGAGAGUUUAAAAAUUUAGAGUCUACAAAGUAGGUUAUAGCAAUAUAGACUAAGACUUUAGAACAAAUUAUCAAAGAAUAUAAAUAAGGAUUUUAUGAUUCAAUGAUAUAAGCUUCAAGUAACAAAGCUCUUGAUAUAUCUUGUACUCUUAAGUUAUAGAAAUCUAAUCCUAUUUCUUUAAGUGGAUAAAUUAUUAGUGAUAAUUAAGAGAUCACUAUUUUUUUAAAUGAUAUUUCAAAAUAGACUGAAUUAUCUUAAUAGAAAAUCAAGAAUGAUUUCAAAUCAAAAAUUAUAGAAUCAUUUUCUCAUGAAAUGAAAACUCCUUUAAAUAGUGCUAAAAAUUUAAUAGAAUCAGCAAUCUCUGAAUCAAAAAUUGAUAAUUAUAUCAAAAAUCAAUAUUUAAUGCCAGCAUUCAACUCAUUAAAAUUAUAGUCAUACAUUAUAAAUGACAUAAUUGAUUUUUCAAACUAUUAUGCUAAUUCAUUGUAUCUCCAAACAAAGGAUUUUACAUUCAAAGAAUUAAUCAAUGAAAUUAGUGGAUUAUUUUAAUAGUAGUUUGAGAUGAAGAAUAUGGGUUUACAAAUAGUAAUGCUAAAAAAUAAUUUCUCAACUUUUAAUACUGAUUAUAAUCGCUUAAUAUAAAUCAUAGUGAAUAUUUUAGCAAAUUCUUUAAAGUUUUCAUAUAGUGGUAAUGUUACUGUUAAAUUUAAAUCAGUAGAUUAGAACACUUUAAAAAUAUCUAUAAAAGAUUAGGGGAUUGGAAUUGAAUAAGAAAAAUUAGAAAGAAUUUAGAGAACUUUAUGUUAAUUUUAGGAAACAUCUGAUUUUAUAUUUAAUAAAGGCUGGCAUGGAUUUGGACUUUUAGUAUCAUCCAUAUUAUUAACAAAGCUGUGUACUACUAAUACAAAUAAAUAGUUAUUAUAAAUUAAAAGUCAAGGAAAGAAUUUAGGAACAAAAGUUACAAUUUUAGUGGAUGAUUAAAAUAAAGGAUAAUCAAUUACACCUACUAGAAAAUUGGUUAGAAUGGGAACAAAAAUUCAUUCAUAGAAUAUAGUAUAAAUUGGAACUGUAAUUGUUACUUCAGUUAAGAGGAUAUCUAAUUAUAAGAAUAAUGAUAUAAUAACUUCUUAAUUUAAAACAAAAGAAUUCUAUACUGAUAUGAUAUCACUAGAUAAAUCAAGUGAAUUUUUGAAUUUAAAUAGUAAAGUUAAAGAAUUACAAACAUCAGAUCCUAAAUUGAUCAGUAAUUUAAAUUAUUCUCAAAGUUUGGAUUCAAGUUCAGAUAUUAAUUUUAGACAUAUAAGAAAAUCAAAGGAUUCUCCCUCAAUAUAGCAAUAAUUUAAGGAUUAAAAGUGGAGUAGAAAUCAUUAAUCAUAGGUUUUAAGUAUAAAAUAGUUAAAAUUUUUGGAAGAUUAAGAAAGUUAAUAAAAUCUAUUGAAUUUUGUUUAAAAAAAGCGAUGUUAAUGUAGAAAGAUACUUUCAGUUGAUGAUGAGAUAUUUAAUUAACAUUCUUUAUGUAUGUUGUUAAAGAAAUUAGAUUUUGAAGUUUUGGUGGUUAGUAUUAAAUAUUAUUAUUAUAGGCUUUUAAUGGAUAAUAAGCAAUAGAUGUUUUGAACUAAUAAAAAAAGUGUUGUGAUAAUUGUUAAUUAUUUGAUGUAAUAUUGAUGGAUUAUCAAAUGCCAAUAUUAAAUGGGAUUGAGACAACAAAAAUUAUAUUAGAAAUGAUAUAAACAUAGAAGAUUCCUUGCAUUAAAAUCAUAGGUUUAACAGCAUUUACAAGUGAAUCAGAUAUAAUAAAUUGUUUAGAUGCAGGGAUGACUUAUGUUUUAUCAAAACCAUUAAAUUUGAAAGAAUUUAAAGAAUUAUUGUCAAAUUUAUGA